GUGGGCUAAUCAUUUUUUCCCAUGACUGUAUACAUAAUCACUUUGUUAUAUUGUUUUACUUCCGCCUCCUUACCGAAGCUCUUAUUCUGAAACCGGAUGUGAUAAUAUACCGUUAAUUGUGAAACUUGUCCCCGGAUGUUGAUUUCUGUGAGUUGACUCAGAGUCAGCUGGUAGUCAGUUUAGUUUAGUUGUCAACAUGUAGUAGUUCGUUACCCGGUAACUGACCGGUAACUAGCGGGUCUGAAGGGGUUAACGGACUUGUUAACGGACGGCGGUGUGGCGAGAGAAUGGAGGCUUUUAAUAGGCUGAGCAGCAUGUUGCUGCAAGCGCUGGAGACGAGGGAGCCCUCAGUGGACCUGUUGGAUUCGUUUGUGGACCACUGGAAGGCAAUCACUAAUUAUUACAUUGAGACGACAGAUGACAAUCGUCCUGUCAGACAGACAGAGAUCCCAUGGCGUCUCAAACAGAUGUUGGACAUCCUAGUGUAUGAGGAGACACAACAGGGCCUGGAGGAGACCGGUCCCUGUCUGGAGUAUCUGUUGCAACACAAACUGCUGGAGACUCUGUGCACGCUGGGGAAGGCCCAGUACCCUCCAGGUAUGGUGCAGCAGGUGCUGCUGUUCUUCUCUAAGUUGUUGUCUCAGAUGCAGAAGAGUCUGCUGCAGCUGGUCAACGUCUACAGACCCGUACAGAAGCUGAUUCAUCUCUGUGCACUUCCUGGUUCACACACUGAGAAGGAGGAAGCUCAGUUCUUAUUGGUCGUCUGCUCCAGAGUCAAACAGGAUCCCCACACGCUCAGAUACAUCUUAGAGAUAGUGGACCAACCAGCAGCCAGGACAGCAGCCUCUGAACAAUCACAGCCCUGCUCACGAGCCUCCAGUCUCAGCUCUGAACCUCCUCUGCUCUCCAGCCAAUCAGAUUCAUCUCCCGUCAGUCCCGUCCAACCAGAGUCCAGUCUGCUGUCAGCCUUGCUGCAGCUCACCAAGAGUCAGAGGGCUGCGGUGUGUCUAAAGGCGUAUGAAAGCCUGCUGCUGCUGUCGGGGCUCCAGUCUGAGGGGGAGCUGCUGAGCGGUCGGACCCAGCUGGGAGAGCUGCUGGCUAGGCAGUUGCUGCAGCUCUACUCCCUGCUGCCUCUGGAGGCUCUGCAACCUGCAGAGCUGCAGAGCUGGCCGCACACGCCCUGGAGUUCUCAGUUCUCUCGCUGCGGCUCUGACUCGCCUGCUGAUCACAUGACCAACUUCUUCUGCUGGUUGGACUUUCUGGAUCACCUGAUGAGAGAAGCUCCACAGGUGUUGGCGGUGAAGCUGGCUGUGUGUGUCCAUCAGCUCUGGUUGGUGGACGUCCUCCAGCAUCAGCUACUGCACACGUGUGAGCAGGUGGUCCUGGUGUCCUCAUCUGUCCUCUGUGCCGUGGUCAGACUCGUCCAGUCGUCCUCUCUGCUGGACCAGCUGGUCCACUUCCUGCUGAGGACACGCCCCCUGUCCCACCUGCUGCUGCAGCGCUGCGACCAUAUCUCUGACCAGAUCAGCGUGGUGUCUCUGUCUCUGGUGGACGAGUUACUCCAGAAGCCUCACAGGGACAUUUUGGAUGUCCUGGUGUUGAGGUUCCUGCAGGGUCGUGGUUACGUGUCCCCAGCUGCAGCUGGACAGGAUGACAGACACACCGAGAGCCACGAGGGCAACGAGGAGAGCGAUGGUCUAGAGGAGGACCCAUUCUUCAGUGACAGUUUGUUGUUCUCGGACAGUCAGCUGCUCCCUCCUUCUCCUCUCUCCUCUUCCUCCUCUGCUCCUCCUCCUCCCUCUACUCUGGGAUCUGCUACUGACGUUGUCAACAGUUUCCUGUGUCUGGUUCCUGUUCAGGUUCGAUCAGCUCAGCUGCUGCAGGAGGGAGGAUACGAGUCCUACGUCCACGACGCUCACACACUGGUGACUGGCUGCAGGUCCCUCUCACUGCUCUAUGAUUGGCCGAUCAGUCUCCCUCCCCCCUCUGAGGGGCUGGAGUUCUUCGAGGGUCACCUGCUCAAAGUUCUGUUUGACCGACUGGGACGAGUCCUGGAACAGCCCUAUGAGGUGAACCUCCAGCUGACGGCGGUCCUGUCCCGUCUGGCGUCCUUCGAUCAUCCGCUGCUCCAUGAGUACCUGCUGAACCCCUACAUCCACCUGUCUCACUGCUCCAGGUCUCUCUUCUCUGUCCUCAUCAGGUUGAUGGGAGAGUUGAUGCAGAGGAUCCAGUCUGUCUCUAACCUGACAGACAAACUGUUGGACGCCAGGAGACACCUGCUGGGACUGAACAGCAACACUGGACUGGAGCACCAGACCCUGCUGAGAGGACUCAUCGUCCUCGAGGAGUUCUGUAAAGAGCUCGCCGCCAUCGCCUUCGUCAAACUGCCCCUGGACCAGCAGUGACCCUCCUGGACCAGCUGGGACCCUCCUGGACCAGCUGGG